CGACGUUAACAAAGCUCGCAAGCAGAGUCUCUCAUUCUUCCCCUCCCUCCUUCACUGUAUAAAUCCACCUAGUCGGUGCUGUAUACUACGAAAUUCACACAAAAGGCCCACUGUUACCCGUGUAUUUCUGUCUUGUGUAUCCCGGCAUCUAGCUGUGCUACGCUAAAAUCAUGACGGCUAUAACAGAAAGUCCAGCUGGUGCUUCGCAAACUGUCAUCCUCGCAACCGAUAGUAAUCAUUCCCCUACGUCCUCUCCAAUUGAAUCCCUUGCCCCCGAGCUCCUCUUAAAUAUCUUUAAAGAGGCGUCAUCCUCCCCAUACGUCGUUAACAAACUUGACUCGCCACCCUGGGUCUUGACGUUUGUGAACAAGAAAUGGAGAGCCGUUGCCCAAUCCUGCUCUAGUCUUUGGUCUAACUUCAUCGUUGAUGUUUCCCCCGAUAAUUCCUUCGACCCUCGACUUCUCGAGUUGGCGAUCAGCCGCACCAGCGGGCACCCACUCAAUGUAUACUGGAAAUCCCAGGGCGAAAUCCAAGAUGUGUCCGAUCCUUCUUCGCGGUUCCUUACCGUGUUCCAAACAUUCCUACACACCUCUCCCCGUUGGCGUUCCGUCACAUAUGAAUUUCAUUCCAGCUUUUUGAAUUUCUUCAUCCCACUGUCAUACCAUCUCGAUACCCUUGAGGAGAUGCGCAUCAUCCUUUCCGAUAACUACGCACGCGACAUUCAAUCCGACCCCUUGUACUAUGAAAUCGACGGCACGAAUCUAUCCGUUAUGCUCUGUAGCGCACUGCGACUGCAGCAUUUCACUCAGUGGGGCGGACCAGUCUUCUUUCCAGUAUUUGAACACCUCACGGAGUACUCAUUACAAUACGAUAUCACAU